GGGCUACAGAGGCGAGAGGCCAGAGUUCUAAGACACAAGGAGCUGCAGCCCGCAGAGCCGCUUCCUGAAGGAGGAGGAAGAGGGAGGGAAGGCGCUCGCGUCCCUUUCCGCACAGGAUACCGAGCAGCAGGCAGCUGGCGCCCCUAGACCCUCCCGUUACCAGCCGCGCACGUUCUCCCAGAUGGAAAUCUCACCGAAUCACUACGCAGCGUCCAGGGCAGCUUCAGUGGCGGAGAGUUGCAUCAACUAUCAGCAAGGGACACCCCACAAAGUGUUUCUGGUGCAGGCUGUACAGCAGGCCCGCAAGGAGGAUAUUCCGGGAAGAGGACACAAGUAUAACCUUAAAUUUUCUUUAGAAGAAAUUAUCCAAAAACAAGUUACAGUGAACUGCACAGCUGAAGUACUUUACCCUCCAGUGGGACAAGGUACUGCACCAGAAGUCAACUUCACAUUUGAAGGAGACAUUGGGAAGAACCCAGACGAAGAAGAUAACACAUUUUAUCAAAGACUCAAGUCCAUGAAGGAGCCACUAGAAGCACAAAAUAUUCCAGACAGUUUUGGAAAUGUACCUCCAGAAAUGAAGCCAAUUCGACACUUAGCCUGGGUUGCCUGUGGUUAUAUAAUAUGGCAGAAUUCUACUGAAAACACAUGGUAUAAAAUGAUAAAAAUUCAAACUGUCAAGCAAGUGCAAAGAAAUGAUGACUUUAUUGAAUUAGAUUAUACCAUUCUACUUCAUGACAUUGCUUCACAGGAGAUUAUUCCUUGGCAAAUGCAAAUUCUUUGGCAUCCACAAUAUGGUACCAAAGUAAAACACAGUAACCGUCUCCCAAAGGAAAUAACACUGGAAUAAAUGAAGAUCCUGCAUGAAGGUGACAGUUAACGAUGCCUUUGGCUAAUGUGUAUGCCAGUCUUCAUUGGCAUCUAGUCUAAGGGGCCAAACAGAUCCCAAAGCAUAACUUUAUACAAUGUCUUAUAUAAAGAACUAUACAUAUUCCAUAAUAAAAGGUGUCCCUACAUAAAAAUGUCUUUAAAUGGUAAUAAUGCUAUGUAUAUUCCAUAAUAAAGUUUUGAUUCGAGUCUCAAA